AAGUCCCUGGGCAGCUGUGAACGAGCCCGUGGCGCCGCCCCUUCUCCCUGCUUGUUCCACCAUUGCCUCCCGAAAUUCCAUCUCCCCCUCCGAAGGAGUGUACGCCGAGCGGAGCAGAUCGAGCAGCCGAAGUAUCCGCGCUGCUUCUGGGCGGCGGCGCCGCGCCCCGCCGAGCUCCUGCGCCCCAGGAGAACAGGCCGUGCGCGGCGGCGCCGGGGGCCAGGCUUAGGGCCGGGCUAGGGGCCACCGGGAGGCACAGGGAGCUCUCAAAGAGGAGAGGGGGCGGCGAGCGGGGAGACGAUCAGGCUUCCGCCGCUAGCCGCUCCCGAACCCCUGCGUCCCUGCCUGCGCAGCCUGCGGUCCGCGGACACCAUGGCCGGCGAGAUCGAGGAUCUGAACAGCCGGGAGGCGCAGACUGUCUGCGACGGCCUGGGACGCUAUGAGGAGACCCUGCGGGGCGCCGUCCGGGACAUCCAUGUGGACAUCCAGCUGUUCAAGCAGGGAGUAGGCCGGCAGGUGGAGGAGGUGCUGCGCCUCGCCAGCCCCCUGGCACACGCUGUCUCUGAGCUGCAGCAGGAGAACCUGCGCCUGCGGGUACAGCUGGAGCGCCUGUCUCGGCAGGUGGAGGCCCUGGGCCGAUCGGCGGGGCUGCCGCAGGACUGGGUGAAUGAGGCGGCGGAGAGCCUUCAGGCCGUGGGGCCCGGCUCGCCGGGGCAAGAUUCGGCCGACGGCGCAUUCUCCAGUCGUGCCAAGCUAGCGGUCGCUGGCCGGAGCCAAAGCGUAGACCUGGAUGACCACCAGAAACCUGAGUUUAGAAGAGUUUUUAGUUCUUCCAUCAUUGAAAAUGGGCAUCAAUCUUCAUCAUCAGGUCAGGCAAAAGUCGCCCGUGAACUGACCUGUUUUCAGAUGUCAGGAUCUUCUUCCCCCGAAGCCCAUGCCCCUGCGGUCACCUUACAGAUGCCCCACCUUCCUGUUACUGCAGUAACCAGGACAUCUGAGAAGUUUUCAGGAGAGAACAUCCGUCCAACAGGAACAACUAAUACAUCUUCUUGCCUGCUGGGACAGGGCAAGGGCACAAAUGCAAUGGGAGUAAAAUCUUCUAACCAGACAGUGAAGGACCGGAAUUCAAUAACAAUGAGAACAAUGGAUUUAUCUGCCACUGGAGAGAAUGCUACUUCUGUCACCAAGUCUGUCUCAACUGUGAACUACGGGCUGCGUAGUGGAGCCAAAACUGGUGAAAGUGCCGUUGACAGUUACUGUGAUGUGACCCCCAGCUCUCACUCACCUCCUCCUACUGUACAUCGCCAAGUUGAAAGGAGGCGAGAAUUGGUGCGGUCUCAGACUCUCCCACGGACUGCAGGAACGCAGGCCAGAAAAGCGCUUUUUGAGAAACUCGAACGUGAUGAUGAAAAAGGAAAAGGAGAAUCCAGAGUUAAACUGAAGAGGUCGCUGAGUUUUGGCGUUGCCAGUGCUAGCAGCAUCAAGCAAAUUCUGUUAGACUGGUGUCGCUCAAAAACCAUAGGAUACAAGCACAUUGAUCUUCAGAACUUCUCCUCAAGCUGGAAUGAUGGGAUGGCAUUCUGUGCUCUUGUGCAUUCUUUCUUUCCUGAAGCUUUUGAUUAUAAUAAGCUUGACCCAGCUAAUCGCAAGCAGAACUUUGAGCUGGCCUUCACAACAGCUGAGAAAAUGGCUCACUGUGACCGUCUGAUAGAAGUGGAAGAUAUGAUGGUGAUGGGUCACAAGCCAGAUCCCAUGUGCGUCUUCACCUAUGUCCAGUCCCUGUACAGUCAUCUACGACGUUUUGAAUAAAACUAUUGACACCUCUCCAGCCAGAAGGGUCAAUUACAGCAUGCCAAUGGGAAGAGUGACAUUUUGCAAAUGGAACACAGUAUUAUUUCUUGCUUUUUACUGUCCCUUUGCUUACAUUCAGCUGUGUGGCUGGCUGGCUGACUUAAGUAUUGCUGAGCAGUGCCCUGAAGUGUUGAUCACAUCACUAUGUCAGUAAUACAGAAAUAGGUUUGAAAAAGACAAAAAGGCAUUGGCAAAGGCAAAUACUGUCGUUUUGGUGCUAGUAGUAGAUUGAAUUUUUAUGAUUUUUAUGUUUAAAGAUGACAGGAAGCAAAUUUGUUUCUCCUAUGUCUGUGAGGCUGGAGACAAUAUUAUGCAGUGAGUCUACUAUGAAGGUGUUCCAUCUUAAAAUGCAGGUAAAACUCCAGAAGAUAGCACCUUCAGUUUCACUUCUCUGUUGAGCACAGUACAAAAGAAAUAGCAGGUGGACAAGGAAAAUUCUGUUUAGCAAAUAAUAGCCUAGAGUACUCAACCACUAGAGCAAUAAUGCCUCUCCUCCAACCCUACUCCUCCACUCCAGGAUACGCACACAGAGAUCAAACAGGCAUUGUUUUGUUCUCUUAAAUCAUAAAGAGAGCGUAACCUCUGAUCUGAUGAGUAUGGUGACAGAUUACUGUGUUACAUAAUGGCCUUUAUCUGUAAGGGUCAAAUCUAGUGGUAUUUGCUGAGAGGCUUGCUAAAGCCUCUAUUGGCAGUCCUGGAUUAAUUUCUUGAUAAGAAUAGCGACAGCUGGGAGUGUGCUUUGUGUGAGAUCGUGUGCUUGCAUGGUUUAGGAUCGCAGGAAAGGCAGGAGCUAGCAAGGUAUAAAGUCCUUUGAGCAGUUGUAAUAGAAACAAGACUGUAAUGUGCUUUUACCUGGACUCAAGGGGAGAGCAGCUCCUCAAUGUGGACAGGAGUGAACUCUUUACAACUUGCUCAGUACAGAUGCUGAUUCUGAGGUAGAUGAACAAUACACAAAAGAUGUGAGAGUUCUGAAAUAGUUUCAAAAGCUUUGCACUAGUUUCAGUUUUCAGUUAAAUUAGCAUUAAAACAACAGUACAGUUAGAUUAUUCCAGGUUUACUGGACUAAAAAAAACUUCUAAAAUUAUUUCUUCCCUAAGAACAGGCUCAUAGAAAGUAAAAGCCACAAGUUCUCUGCUCAUGUUGGAGAAUAGUUUUUAACCUGCCCUUGUGCUUUUUGUAGAUAUUUAGAAAGAUUAAUUUGGUUCUGUAUUGAUGCCCAUUUUUAAUAAAAUGUGUCAAGCAUU